AUGAAAGCUCCGACCUUCAACCCGGACUGGGAAAAAGAAAAGGAGAAAGUUCGUGAUUUCCUCGACAAUUACUACACCGAAGAUGAUGACGGCGCGAAGGUUAUUAAAAAAAAACUUCAUAUUAAGAAUUUUAAAUGAAAAAAAAAAUGAUUUAGGUGUUUGUGUAUCGAGAUGAGACAAUGCAGCUGGCUCAAAGAGACAAAGUCGAGAUGGUCGUCCGACUGGAACAUGUUCGUGAGCAUGAUCCUGAACUAGCGGACAGCAUAACCAGUAACGCGAAAAGGUUGACAGCUCAAAAAAACCAAAUUGUGCUCAAACAAAAAAUUUCAGAUACGUCAAGUUGUUCAACGAAAUCAUCCAGGCGAUGAUAAUGACGUUCCGAGGGGAUAACUUGGUUUUCAAACUCUGAAGGAUAACUCGAUGAACUCUCGAAAAUUUUCAGCCUGUUGUGAAAGACGCUCUGGACGCAUUCACGUUCCAACGCGCCUACAUGGAUAAGCACGAAGGAGCUCAAGACCGCGAGAAUGUCAGUAUUGAAGAGAGAUUGAAGCAGUACCCACCACAGCUCCUGCAAAGAUUGUGAGAUUAGGAAUAUUUUUGAAGUAGUUUUUAUUUUUUUCAGCGAAGUUUACUUCGAAAAUGAUAGUCUGAGGGAGAUGUCGGUAAGGUCAGUAAAGGCUUCGAACAUCGGACAGCUGGUGACGAUGCGUGGCCUCGUCACCAGGGCCACGGAAGUCAAACCGUGCGUCCAAGUGAUGACCUACACUUGCGAUACUUGUUCUGCUGAAGCCUAUCAGCCUGUGAGUUUAAACAAAAUCAGAGUAUUCAGGUAUUUUUAGAAAUUUUGGUCAAAAAGAACAUUCAGCUCAGUACUUUAGUUCCGAAGCAUCCUCGUUUGAAAUUAGAUGUUUUUUUCGUCGUUUUUUAUUUUUAGAUUACGACUCGCACAACAUGUUGAAAGUUCGUGUAGGUGUAGCUUUGAAACCUUUUCGAGAACUUUACAGUCCAAUCUUUUCUCCUUCGAUCUCUAGAAAAUCCCUGCUUUUGUUUUACGCCAGAGAGCGGUUCAGGAAUCUUCUCUCAGUUUAGAAAUUUUUGCGAGAAUAUUGAUAAUUUCAGUUAUAUUCCAAAGAAAGAAAUAGGAUUUAAAAAAAUGUUGCAGGUGAACGGUCCAUUCUUCACUCCGCCGCAAAAUUGCCCGAACAAGGACUGCGUCGAAUCGAAAGCUCACGGCCGUCUUCAUAUGCAACUCCGAGGCUCGAAGUUCAUCAAGUUCCAAGAGAUCAAGCUCCAAGAAUUGGUUUUUCAAGAGAAAAUUGUGAAUUGAUAAUCCUAUGUUUCCAGUGUGAACAAGUCCCAAUGGGGUCCAUUCCCCGGCAAAUCACCGUUCAUUUGUACGGCGAGAUGACCCGCCGUUGCAAUACUGGAAACAAUGUACGCGUGAGCGGGAUUUUCCUGCCCCUGGCUCGGUCAGGAUUCCAGCCAACCGGUGGCCUCACCGCUGACACUUAUCUCGAAGCUCAUGUAAUUCUAAAACAGAAAAUGAUCAAUUUUCAACUAAAUUUUUGCUUAGAAUGUCGUAAAUUUGGACGAGAACCCUACGUACGCCGGAAUCGAAUCGGAGGAGCUUCAAAUUCUGAAACGCGGCGAUUGCUACGAAAUUCUGGCCCAGUCGAUUGCGCCAGAAAUUUAUGGGCUCGUCGAUGUCAAAAAGGCGCUUUUGUUGGCACUCGUUGGAGGCAGCGACAACGUUUCUGAAGGGAUGAAGAUUCGAGGUACGCAGAGAAAUGAAUUUCAAACAUUACCUAAAAUCGAUAGAUAAGAAAUUUUGGACUUUUCGAGUUGGGGUUUGCGCAGAAUUCAUUCAAAGGUGGAACUUGUUUUGUGCGAAUUUGUGAAUUUUUUCAUCGGUAAUCUUGAAAAUUAACUGAUAAUUGAGUUUUUUUCAAGCCAUUAGUGAGAGUCAACUGAAUUUUUAAGAUCAAUUUUGUGAGUUACACAAUAUGAUCAAAAGAUGCGAUUGUGUUUUCCUCCACCGAAAAAUGAUAAAACCUAACUUCCAACUUUAAACACAUUCUCCCAGAUUCAGGAUGAACCGUUGGUACAAGAAUUUCAAAUUCCGUUAGAUGAAGUUAUUAUCACAAUUACUAGACAUAGUGUGUAAACUUUUAGGCUAGUUACUGUAAGGCUCCGCCCCUUACUGGGUUACGGUAGAUCUUUUAAUGGGAAAUUCCAACUUUUCUUCUAGCUGACGGUUCGACUAUUUUUUUCGAAGUUCAGAGAAAAGUAUUUUGAAGCCUUUUUUAGCUCAAAAAACUUGAAAAAAAUUCAUUUUUUUCUGAAAAAGUAGUCGAUGUUUUCCUUUUUUGGGCGGUCGCGAACCAAAAUGUUGGGAAAUUUUUUUUUUCAUACUCUUGAAAGCUUCCAGCCUUCCUAUCUUUACGUGAAGUUUAUCUCGGACGAUAUUUUUACAAUCCAAUUUCAGGCCGUAUCAACGUUCUGUUGAUGGGAGAUCCCGGUGUGGCGAAAUCCCAACUUCUGAGUUAUGUCCACAGACUUUCUCCUCGUUCUCAAUACACUACCGGAAGAGGAUCUUCGGGCGUUGGUCUGACGGCGGCCGUCAUGAAGGACCCCUUGACUGGAGAAAUGGCUCUGGAAGGAGGCGCUUUGGUGAAUAUUUGAUAUUGAUUUUUCGGAAAUUUCAAGUUUUAGGUAAAUCACAACAACAAAAACAACCAUUUCCAAUAAACCUAGUAUUUUUUCCCCAUUUUGGCAUAUUGUUUGAAAUAUUUUGAAUUGAGAACCUUCGGAAGCUCAUUAAAAAUGUUUACAUUUGAUCGAGAAGUCUUAGAUUAAAUUGUCAAAAAGCUAAAUCCAGCAAAAUUUUUGUUGAGCGAAAAAGUGAACUUUCAAAAUUUCUGAGCUUCAGGUCCUCGCCGACGGCGGCAUCUGCUGCAUCGACGAGUUCGACAAGAUGAUGGACGCCGACCGGACGGCAAUUCACGAAGUUUUCCUCUUUCCGAUUCCAUUUCUUCAUUUCUUUCUUCAGGUCAUGGAACAGCAGACAAUAUCCAUCGCCAAAGCCGGAAUCAUGACGACUUUGAACGCGAGAACGGCUAUUGUGGCGGCGGCCAACCCGGCCUACGGGCGCUACAAUCCUUCCAAGUCCAUCGAACAAAAUGUCAACCUUCCGGCCGCUCUCUUGUCUCGGUACAAAUUUUGUUAUAUUGGAAAAUUUGCCGUGUUCAGGGUGAUUUCCGCGGAAUGCAGAAUUUCAGUUAAUUUUUACUCUGACGGUUAUUUUGGAUUCCGCGGAAUCACCUUGAUCACAUUGAAAUUUUCUAAAAAAUUCUCCGAUCAAAUUUUUUAGUAUCAUUGAUAACAAGUACCUGAGAGUCAAUCGGUAGCUUUAGAUUUAUGAAAAAAAAGGAGUUUCUUUUUUUUGGCUUGGCUUAAAAACUUUAAACACAAUUUUUCUAUCUGUUUCUAAGGAGGUUACCGUAGAAAGAAAUUGAAAAAAAAAUCUGUUGAGGUUCAAAAUGCGUGAAAAACGGCCAGAAGAAAAUUUUCAACUGCUGGAAUACCAUAUUAUUUUUUCACAUACUAUCAUUGAUUUCUUUUUCAGAUGCGACUUCAUCAUUCUGAUUCCCGACAAGGCUGAUCGCGAGAAUGACAAAACUCUUGCCGAACAUAUUACUUUUGUCCAUCAACACGGACAUCAUCCAAACAGAGAAAAGCAGGAGACCAUCUCGGAUGAGACUUUAAGGUUUGAAAUGGCAAAAGAAAGUCAUUUUGGAAAUAACAAGUUCCAGUUAAAAAGUUUGAAAAAAAUAAUUUUUUUCAAAGAAUUCCUGGAAUAACUAGUUUUAAAAAAUGUAUAUUUUUACUUACCAAAGUUUUUAAGUCUCUAAAACAUCUUUUUUUAAAUGUUAGUAGAGCUUUACGAUUUAUGUUGAAAUAUCUUGAAGGUGAAGGAGUUUUUAAAAAAAUAAAAAAAAUAAAAAAAGUUUUUUUAGGGAAUACAUCCAACUGUGCCAGACGAAAAACCCAACAAUCGACCCAUCUUUGUGUGGAAGAAUUGUCGACGCCUACGUCGAAAUGCGUCGCGAAGCCCGCCACAGUACCGAUCCCAUGUUCAUGUCGCCCCGAAUGGUUCUCUCCAUUAUCAGGUGCGAAAAUUGGGCAGAGAAGUUUCGCGAAGAGCAGUUUCGCCUAAUUCAAAUAGUUUUUUAGUCUUCAAAGUGUUCCUGGAUUCUUCCAAAAUAUGAAAUUUAUCAAAUUAUCAACUUGACUGUUAAAUUAUCACCUCGAAUGUACAAAGGUCGUGGAAAGCAAUAUAGAAAAAUGAUUUUUCGAGUUUUCUGAUGUAUUUAUACACCUGAAACAGUUCGAAAAAACUUCUUUAAUUGUGGAAUCAAGCGAAACGUGAAGCCAUGAACGAAUAAAAGUUUACGCAGCGUUAAUUUGAGACCGUAAUAAUUGAGCAGACAAACUUGAAAUUUUUGUUUCAUCGGCCUGCAAAUCUUGUGGGCUGGAAGUGUUGAAAGAAAUUCGAUAUCUGCUUUGUAAAAACAAUUACCUGAAAAGGGACGAAGAUUGAACUUCAGAAUGGCCACUGCUCGUGCCAAGCUACGUUUGGCGGAUACGGUUAACGAGGCCGACGUCGAGGAAGCUCUGCGACUGAUGCAGUUCGCCAAGGACUCGCUCAGACCGUCCCAAAAUCGCGUCGAAAAGUUGAUUUUAUUCGAAAAAAUAUGUUAAUUCGAGUUUUCCAGGAAAAUGUCGCCGAUCGAUGCUGCGUUCGCGGUUCUACGUGAGAUUUAUCACAAUCAGGGAGCAUCAGAGCCGAUUUCUCUGCAGACUGCCGUGCAGAGGUGAACUUUAGAGACUAAAAGUUCAGAAAAAAGGGAUUUUCGUCCUUGAUGAGAUCGUAAAUGCGGCAUUUUGGUGACCGAAUUUUAAAAAAAAACGAUUUCCAUUUGUCUGUUUAAAAUCAUUAUUAUCUGUACGGAUUUUUAUGAUGAAGUACUGAAGAAAAAAUUGAAUUAACCUGAAGUUGGAAAUUUCUGUAUUUUGAUAGAUCCUCAGAGAUUUCAAUAAAAUAGAGAAUUUAGAUGCGCCCGGAAGGGAAUCAGCGAGCAGGCGCUCCAGAACUGCAUCGACCAAUAUUCGGCGAACGGAGUCAUCAUGUCGGAUCGACAACAACGUAUCAUUUUCUGUAUGAACUAA